GGUCCGGGCGGAGGAGGAGCGGUGUCUUGGCGGCGCAGCGUGGAGCGACCGCUGGGGCCGCGGGAACGAGUGCCCUGCAGAACUGCUACUCCCGGAGCAGCCCGGGCCUCCCAUCUCCGCCCCGCCACGCUCUCAGGCGCAGAGCACUACAACUCCCGGCAUGCCGUGAACUUGACGGCCGCGCCUCCGGGGCGGCGUUCGGCCCUCCCGCCCGCCCCGCUCCGCCGCCCGGUCCCCGCCGCUGCCCCGGCCGCGCGCGGAGCCGGGACGCGAGCCAUGGAGGAUACGGCGCCCCCGCUGCUGGGUGGCAGCAAGCCGCACCUGGAGAAGCUGACCUUGGGAGUCACCCGCAUCCUAGAAUCAUCCCCAGGUGUGACAGAGGUGACCAUCAUAGAAAAGGCGCCUGCUGAACGUCAUAUGAUUUCUUCGUGGGAACAAAAAAAUAACUGUGCGCUGCCUGAGGACCUGAAGAACUUUUACCUGAUGACCAAUGGCUUCCACAUGACGUGGAAUGUGAAGCUGGAUGAACAUACCAUUCCAUUGGGCAGCAUGGCAAUUAACAGCAUCUCAAAACUGACUCAACUCAACCAGUCUUCCAUGUACUCACUUCCUAACGCACCAACUCUGGCAGACCUGGAGGACGAUACACAAGAAGCUAGUGAGAACCAGCCGGAGAAGCCUCACUUUGAUUCUCGUAGUGUGAUAUUUGAGCUGGAUCCUUGCAACGGGAACGGGAAGGUUUGCCUCGUCUACAAAAGAGGGAAACCAGCAUUAGCCCAAGACACUGAGAUCUGGUUCCUGGACAGAGCAUUAUACUGGCAUUUUCUCACAGAUACCUUUACUGCCUAUUAUCGCCUGCUCAUCACCCACCUGGGCCUGCCCCAGUGGCAGUACGCCUUCACCAGCUAUGGCAUCAGCCCCCAGGCCAAGCAGUGGUUCAACAUGUAUAAACCCAUCACCUACAACACAAACCUGCUCACGGAAGAGACCGACUCCUUUGUGAACAAGCUGGAUCCCAGCAGAGUGUUCAAGAGCAAGAACAAGGCCUUAAUCCCCAAGAAGAAAGGGCCUGUUCAGCCUGCAGGUGGCCAGAAAGGGCCCUUGGGUCCUCCUCCCACCUCUAAACCCUCCUCUGGCUCUGGAAACCCUGUCCGGAAGUGAGCGCCCCACCUCCAGCUCCCCGCCAGCCCCGCAGCAACAGUUUCCAUGCACCGUGCCCCAGGCGUGGCCCAAGCCUCAGGUUCUGUGUAUAGAACCAUAGUCCUCUCUCCAUCUGAGUGACAAAACCCUAGGCCUUUUACUCCCAUUGGCCUGAGCCAGGAGUUGGAAGGGCAUACUCAGGUCUCCCCGAGAAUCCUUCCCUCACACCCCUUACAGCAGGUUGUGCUAACUGCUGCCUCUGGAAGCUGUGAAGAAUGUAAAGUCUUGUGUAAGUGACUAAGUAGAUCUGUUAAGAGCUUUCUUCUCUUUCUACUCCCAGCCCCCUACCCCUCAGCAAUAAUUAGAGAAGUCCCCCAAAGAAACCACUGGUUUUGACCUAUGAGACAUUAGAACUAUGCUGCUUAAUUGGUAGCCACUUUUUAAAGCAGCUAAAUUUAAGCCAUAUUAAAAAGUCAGUUCCUCAAUUAUAGUAGCCCCAUUGGGAGUAUUCAUGUGGCUAGUGGAUUCCGUAUUAGCACAGAGAUGAUGAGACAUUUCUAUCAUCACAGAAAGUUCUGUUGGGCAGCAGUGCAUGAGAAUAUUUUUGCAUUACCCUUCCUCAGAUCAGUUAACUUCUGUUAAAAUACUGAAACCUUAAUUUGAUGGUUUAUAAUGUUCCAUGAAAAAUCUUGAAGAUACAUUUUUAUGUUCUUUAUAUCCUUCACUACAAACCUUGCUUUGCUCAUUUUCAGUUUACUAUAAAGCUUCUCAUCUUCAUCAGUUUCCUACAAAGUUUCUUGUUUCCAAUUUUGUGAUGUGAUAAUUGUACUUUUGCCAAAAUUAUUUCUCACUUUUUUUUUUUAAAGAAGAGAUGACUGCUGUACCAUUAAAACCAAACUGAAACCAAAUGAAACCUCCCAAGCAUUGCUUUCCCAGGACUCUUCAUGAAGGGUUUGGAUGAACUCAGUGUCGACAGGAGCGUCCACCUCUCUGCCUCCUCACCACUGCUCAGCAGUUCACAGGAUGGCAGAGAAGGAUAGAGAGGAACCAAGGUGUCACGGAUAAUAGCUGAGAUUUAGUCUUCCAGAAGCAUUUUCCUGCCAAAACUCAUCAAAGGGAGAAUCAGCAGUGCUAGAUCAGAGAUUCCAGCAUUUGGCUGCUUCCCCAAGUCAGGGUUAGAAGGGGACUGAGAAGUUGUGUCAUCUUCCCCUGUGGCAGGUGUCCUUCCUCUAGUGCUCGUGGAGCCCCUGAGUUACUCCUAAGUCGGUCCUGGUCCAGUUCUGGAUUUCACAGAGGAAGCAGCAGAGGAGCCAUGAGAGCAACAGUACCCUUCAAAUCAGUGAUAAUCAGCCGGAACCCCCAAAGGGCUGUAGACAGAAGGGGGUUCUGAUGAGGAAGGGGUUGAGACCUGCCUCAGAAGGCCAGAGCAGUCAAAAGCAGGGCUGGCUACCUAAGAUGUAGGAGGACCCAGUGCAAAAUGAAGAUGUGGGGCCUUUUAUCCAAAAAUUAGGUAAACAGUACCAUUAAAAGCACUAAAAUGUUUUCCCUUUCUUCUGUGGUCUGUCUCACAACUUGUUACAGUGUUCUUUCUGUUUACUACUUAAUGCUGUUCUAGGAAAAAUUAAAA